GUACUGAUUCUGCAAUAUGGAAUGAAUGCAUUUCGUGCUUAUGGAAUAAAUUAGAAAACACAAGAACUCAUCCUGAUAAAAAAUGUAAAUUCGAGAAUGAUAUUGAUUCAUUUGCCAUUGUUCAGAUUAAGAAAAUACUAGACGAUAUGUGUUUAAAUGAGAAAAAAAAGGAUCUAAUAUCAGAUAUUUCUGAAAGGGAUAAAUGCUUGAAUUUCAAUAAAACAAAACACUAUUAUUUUACCUUAUAUU